GGCGCGCUGCAGGGCUGCCCGGCCGCCGCGGGGCCGCCAUGCCCGCCAAGUCCAAGUACAACCUGGUGGACGACCGGCACGACCUCCGCAUCCCCCUGCACAACGAGGACGCCUUCCAGCACGGCAUCUGCUUCGAGGCCAAGUACAUUGGGAGCCUGGAUGUGCCACGGCCAAACAGCCGGGUGGAGAUCGUGACGGCCAUGCGGCGGAUCAGGUAUGAGUUUAAAGCCAAGAAUAUCAAGAAGAAGAAAGUGAAUCUCAUUGUGUCAGUGGAUGGUGUGAAGGUCAUUCUGAAGAAGAAGAAGAAGCUUCUUUCAUUGCAGAAAAAAGAAUGGGCCUGGGACGAGAACAAAAUGCUCGUCAUGCACGACCCCAUCUACAGAAUAUUCUAUGUGUCUCAUGACUCCCAGGACCUAAAGAUCUUCAGCUACAUUGCCAGGGAUGGGUCUAGCAACAUCUUCAGGUGCAACGUCUUCAAAUCCAAGAAGAAGAGCCAAGCCAUGCGCAUCGUGCGGACGGUGGGGCAGGCGUUCGAGGUCUGCCACAAGCUGAGCCUGCAGCACACCCAGCAAAACGCAGACGGGCAGGAGGAUGGAGACAGUGAGAGGAACGGAGAUGACCUGGAUGUCCCAGCCUGCCGCCUCUCCGGUGUGGAGAGGGCAGCCGCCUCAGCGGAAGAGACGGACAUUGACGCCGUGGAGCUGCCGCUGCCUGGAGCCGACAUCCUGGACUUCAGCCGUGGCGUGACCGACCUCGAUGCUGUGGGCAAGGAGGGCUGCCUCCACCCUGAAGAUAUCCUGACAGCAUCGCCCAAGAUGCUGCUGCCCUCAUCUGCCCAGCUGCCUGACCUGGGAACACCCCUCUCUGCCCACCAUCAGAUGCAGCUUCUCCAGCAGCUCCUGCAGCAGCAGCAGCAGCAGACACAAGUGGCUGUGGCACAGGUGCACCUGCUGAAGGACCAGCUGGCAGCAGAGGCAGCGGCACGGUUGGAGGCCCAGGCUCGAGUGCACCAGCUCCUGCUCCAGAACAAGGACUUGCUGCAGCACAUCUCGCUCCUGGUCAAACAGGUGCAGGAGCUGGAGCUGAAGCUGGCAGGGAACACGACGACAGGCUCCCAGGACAGUCUGCUGGAGAUCACCUUCCGCUCCAACGUCCUCCCUGUCCUCUGCGACCCGAUCACCCCGCAGCCCGAGGACACCCACCCGCCGCCGCUGGGCCCCAGCUCAGCUUUCCCCAGCACCCUGGGCAGUCCCAUAGGUAGGAACGACUGUCUGGUGAAGCUGGAGUGCUACCGCUUUCUGCCGGACUCGGGGCCACCUGCCCCAGAGCCACCGCUGGGCAGCCUGGAGCUCAUCAAGUUCCGCGAGUCGGGCAUCGCCUCCGAGUACGAGUCCAACACGGACGAGAGCGAGGAGCGUGACUCCUGGUCCCAGGAGGAACCGCCGCGCCUGCUCCACGUCCAGCCCAGGCAGGACCUGGGUGACAGCCUGGAGGACGAGAUCGCGGUGUAGGGGGGUCAGCAGGAGGUGGUGCGGAGCAGCCAGGACCUGCCAGAGCUGGGACAGACCCUGGCCAUAGCCCAGUGGCCCUGGCAGGGAUGGGACAGCCCGGAGGGAGCGGGGUGGAGGGGGGAGUGUGAGGCUUCCAGCGCCCAGUCAGGAGAUGUGCAGGGGUUAGGUGGAGUCGUGCUGAGGGAGCGUGCUGGGCGUGCUGUGCUUCAGCGUGCAUGGGCUUGUGUGCUGAGCUGGAGCAUCCCUGCUUCUCAGCUGACAGUGAGCUGACAGCUCCUUGUGCUCCCCCCUGGCUCCCACCCCCCCACAAACUGUGUGUCCAGGUGAGGCAGAAGCAAGGAUCCCUGCUGGAUUAGCCCCUCCUGCUGCCGGGGAAGCAGUAAAGGAGAGGAUUUUUUGGAGGGAACAAGAGAGGAGAUGCAGGGCAGGGAGCAGAGACAAGAGGGACCAAAGGGGGAAUGCUGGGGUGGUGAGCAAGGACAGAGUGGCUGACAGGUGGUCUGGCUCUCUGUAUUGUGGACAGAGUGGAAGACAAGGAUAGGGUCAUGCUACGUUAGGGUUGGUGACAGUGCACUGUUGUAGUGGGUCUGUGAGUGAGAGGUGAGGUAUAGAGGGACAGUGGGGACGAGCCUGGAAAGGAGUUGAUGGGAUGAGGUUGCACAGGCUGACCAGGUGCAGACAGUUCCUGCAGGGUGAUGUGGCACUUCCAGGACAGAGUUUGUCCCUGCCUGAGGCAGGUGGAGGGCAUUCAGGCACAGCCACUCCUUUCCCAGGCUGUGGAGCAGAGAAGGUGGCACAGCUCAGUGUGGAGCAGGGAGCCAGGGAAUGCAGCACUGGGCUGUGGAGUGUCCUCCCCGACAUCAUCUAGUCCUUUGGCUCUUUGGCACACCUGCCAGGUUUCAAAGCCUUUUUGGUGCUCUCAAGCCACUUUUUCAAGCACUUCCUUGCACUCCCAUCACCACAAACUCCUUGCUUUGCUUUAUAGACAAACCCUCCCAUUUCCAAGCAGUUGUCUUCCUCUAGACCAGGGCUGGGGCCUGCAGUGCUGGCAUUUGUAUCUGCAGGGAUGAGCACACUACCACCCCUCGGUGGGGAGUGAACUGCUGGUGUCUGCAGAGGGGCUCCGUCACAUCUGUGGUUUACACCCUCCAGAAAAGUGAGUCCAAGAUCUCAGGAUCCCCCACCAACCCCCAGGAUGCUCUUGGCUGAGAGCCAUCUGUGGGGGCCUCCAAGGGACCCAGAGCUUGUUUCUUUUCUGCAAGCACUUUUAUCACCCGCCUGGUGCUACAGCCUCUAAGAGGCCAUGACUGAAGGGGUAUGAACCAGAGUCCUGAUAUCCGCCCUGCUCCCUGUGGAAGCACUCAAUGAGGUGGGGAUUGGCACAGUUGUCUUUCUCCCCAUCCUCCCUCCUAUCCUGCUUCUGCUUUGCUUUGUUGCUUCCCUGCUGCUCUCGUCUUUGCCAGCUCUGUCUCUGCUCGAUCUGCCUGCAACUAACCCCUGGCUGACACCAGCUCUUGCUCUCCUCCAGGGCUUAGCCUGGCUGCUGAGGAAGGUCCAUCACUUCUUUCUGCCUGGGUCCCCUUGGGACUGAGGGCUGCUGAGGAGUGAGGUGUGGAUGAGACCCCCGGGGUCAGUAUGAGCUGUGCUAUGUACCCUCUGCCACAAGACAGGGCUGGAUGAUGUGAGGAGCUAGAGAGUCCCAGUGGAAAGGAAGGAAGGACAUGUUUUAGUGUCCCCAGCAGUGCCCUAGGGUCCAGGGGAGCCUCUGCACCAACCACAGAGGGGGCAGAGUGGGAGAGGGUGUUGUUUGGUACAUGGGUGCUCCUCUUGCCUGGCCACCACUACCUCCAUGUGCCCUGUCCCACACCGCUGUGGGCACAGCAGUGUGCUAGCCCCUCUGCUGGGAACCUCAGGAUCCCACUGCCAGCAGUUGGAGGUGAAAGCAUGGGGUGGGAGGCUGGUCCAGCUAGGAGGAAGAAGUGGGUAUGGCAGCACACACAGGACAUGGCACAGACGGGGUAGGGGUGCAUGGGUGAACUUGGAGAGGGAUUUCCACGUGGGCAGACAGAUUGUUCAGCAGAGGGGACAGGAGGAACUCAGCUGUACACACAGGGCAGAUGAAGGGAGAGCCUGGGAGGAGCAGCAGUAGGACAGAGGUCUCUUCCAGGCUGGGCUGCCUCAGAAAGCAGGCAGGGAGGAGCCAUCUCCUGAGACACUGCUCCGGUCCAUUCCUGCUCCACACACACAGGCAGUGUCCUUUGAGGAGCUUCAGGACUAGCUGUGGGUUUGGGCUCCUGCCUGGCACUCUGCCCACAGGGGACAGUGGCAGGUGCCCCGCAGGCUGAUGGGGUGAUGCCGCAGUGUCCUGCCAGCACCAUGCCACACCACAGGUGUACAUGUAUAAAUGACCCUCCUCCUAAGUCAGCACUGCCUCCAAGACGCCUCUCUAGCCUCUCACUUUUAUUAUGGACCUUGACAGGGGAUUUAUAGCUAUAUUUUUUGUCCUUUCUUUUCCUACAACUGUCAUAUUACUAACUGUUGACUCAAUCUAUCUGGGAAACCAAUCUGUCAAUGUAAGUGCACUUAACCCUUGGGUGUUGUCAUUAGUCAACUGGCUUUUGCUAAAUAAAUCUUUCUAUUUCUCAAGG